AUGGACGUCGACACCUCAACCCUAGACGUCCCCGAUUUUGGAGAACUCCCAUUUGAUCAUUGGAUCCUGCAAUACGCCCGGGGCUACGUGUCCACCACGGACGAAGUCCCUGCCGGCGUCCAUGUAGAUCUACUUACCCCUGGGGAGCGCGCGUGUGACGGUCACUACAGCAAGUCGUUCUGGAUCCGCACGUGGUUCGGCGAGAAGAAUAACGAGGCAAGCCAACGCGCUGCGGACGACGGCUACAAGCGGCUGUACUUCUACGCGCUGCAGAAUCUCGACGAGAAUGCAGACGGCGACGAACCCUUGUUGCUAAAUAAGAACUUCGCCUUCGACCAUGCAGAUGUCGAGACCUCCGAGUUACACGAGGGCAACGUGGUCGCAAGACCCUGGUCGAUGCCGUCGUGGCUGGUCGAUGCCUUUUGCCGCUACCCCGACCAGCUGAAUAGUAUAAGGAUUCUUGGGCUUGAUUCUCAGAGCGAGCGUGGUGAUGCUGAUCAGAACCUGUUGGUUUGUACCGCGGACCGCAAGGCUUGCGAGGAGGGCUGGCUUCUUCUACUGGGGGUAAACCAUAAGGGGCAGAUUCUUCCCGCCCGGGUUCGCGAGAGAGCGGCGGAUGCGGAUUUGAUCAUGUCUAGUUGGAAUCAGGAUUCGCCGAUGCUGGCCGAGUGUGUUACAGGGGAACCGGGCGAGGAGGAGUUUCUGCAUGAUGGGGAUGGAUGGGAGGUUUAG